AUGUCUGAUUACGAUAAGUACACCACACCACUAUCUUCUCGUUAUGCUUCUGAGGAGAUGUCUUCCAUAUUCUCUUUGAGAAACAGAUUCUCUACCUGGAGAAAGCUUUGGUUGAAUUUGGCUAUUGCUGAAAAGGAAUUAGGUCUUGAUGUCAUUAGUGAAGAAGCCAUUGAGCAAAUGAAGGCUCAUUUGACCAUCAACGAUGAAGAAAUCGCUGCUGCUUCCAAGCAAGAGGCCAUUGUCAGACACGAUGUUAUGGCUCACGUUCACACUUUUGGUGAAACUUGUCCUAAAGCCGCUGGUAUCAUCCAUCUAGGUGCUACCUCAUGUUUUGUCACCGAUAAUGCUGACUUGAUCUUCUUGAGAGAUGCUUACGAUAUCUUGAUUCCUAAGUUGGUCAAUGUUAUCAACAGAUUGUCCAAGUUUGCUUUGGAGUACAAGGAUCUACCAGUAUUGGGCUGGACUCAUUUCCAACCAGCUCAAUUGACUACCUUGGGUAAAAGAGUCACAUUGUGGAUCCAAGAACUAUUGUGGGAUCUAAGAAACUUUGUCAGAGCUAGAAACGAUAUCGGUCUACGUGGUGUCAAGGGUACCACCGGUACCCAAGCUUCUUUCUUAACUUUGUUCCAUGGUGAUCACGACAAAGUGGAAGCUUUGGACAAGAGAGUUGCUGAACUAUUGGGAUUCUCUACUGUCUACCCAGUUACCGGUCAAACUUAUUCUAGAAAGAUUGAUAUCGACGUGUUGGCUCCAUUAUCCUCAUUUGCAGCUACUGCUCACAAGAUGGCGACUGAUAUCAGAUUAUUGGCUAACUUGAAGGAAUUGGAAGAACCGUUCGAAAAAUCUCAAAUUGGUUCCUCUGCCAUGGCUUACAAGAGAAACCCAAUGCGUUGCGAACGUGUGUGUUCUCUUGCCAGACAUUUGGGUUCUUUGUUCAACGAUGCCGUACAAACCGCGUCAGUGCAAUGGUUUGAAAGAACUUUGGAUGACUCUGCCAUCAGAAGAAUCUCUUUGCCAAGUGCUUUCUUGACCGCAGACAUUCUACUAUCCACUUUGCUAAACAUCUCUUCCGGUUUAGUCGUUUAUCCAAAGGUCAUCGAAAGAAGAAUUAUGGGUGAAUUGCCAUUCAUGGCCACUGAAAAUAUUAUCAUGGCCAUGGUCGAGCACGGUGCAUCCAGACAAGAAGUUCAUGAAGCUAUCAGAGUGCUAUCUCACCAAGCUGCCGCUGUCGUCAAGGAACAAGGUGGUGACAACGACUUGAUCGAACGUGUGAGACAGGACAAGUUCUUCGAACCUAUCUGGAAUGAAUUGGACUCAUUGUUGGAGCCAUCCACCUUUGUCGGUAGAGCUCCUCAACAAGUUGAGAAGUUCGUUGCCAACGAUGUCAAACAAGCGUUGGCUGCUUUCCAAAAUGAUAUCACUGAUGUCGAAGUUAAGCUAAACGUUUAA